AUGCCCAUUUGUGGAGGAAGUUCGGCGUCAAAAAAGCCUAUAGAGCGUAAGAUUGUCAUUCUGGGUGAUGGUGCGUGUGGUAAGACGUCUUUACUGAACGUUUUUACACGGGGAUACUUCCCUAAAGUUUACGAGCCAACGGUAUUCGAAAACUACAUACAUGACAUUUUCGUGGACAGCCAGCACAUCACGUUGAGUCUUUGGGAUACUGCGGGUCAAGAAGAAUUCGACCGUUUACGGUCACUCUCAUAUUCCGACACUCACACGAUCAUGCUCUGCUUUUCUGUGGACUCUAGGGACUCGCUGGACAACGUACAGCACAAAUGGGUUGGGGAAAUUGCGGAUCACUGCGAAGGCGUCAAGCUUGUGCUUGUAGCGCUGAAGUGUGACUUAAGAAGCAACGAAGAAGAGUUCGCGUUGGACACCGCCAUCACACCAGGGAACAUCCAGCAGCAGCAGCAGCAGCAGCAGCAAUCCUCAGUGCAAUCUGGUGGCCUAAUAUCCUACGAGGAGGGUUUGGCUAUGGCGAAAAAAAUCGGUGCUCUUCGUUACUUGGAAUGCAGUGCUAAAAUGAACAGAGGUGUUAACGAAGCCUUUACUGAAGCUGCGAGAUGCGCUUUGACAGCGACUCCCAAGGGUGCCAAAGACCACGCUGGCGAGGAAUCGAAGAAAGGCAGUAGCUGUACCGUUAUGUGA